GCAUUUUUCUACUUCCAUUUCAAGCUACAGUUAACAUCUUUAUACGAAGUUCAAGAUGAAUGCACUAGGUUGGAUGCACAGAAAAUUCAGGAAAAACAAUGAUGAAGAAAAGAGAAAUGUCUCCACGAGGAAAUCAUCUUCAUCAUGUUUCUCAGCACUAUUGGGGCUUCACGAACAACAAUAUUAUCCUGGAGAAAAGAAAUUCUCUGCACACUUCAGGCAACCCAGAUUAUAUUCAGAAUCAUCUGUUGCAUUUGAAGCGCAUAGUGUAAAAGAAGUAGAUGAAGAAGAAACCGUUGACAUGAGCAUGCAGUUCAUUCACACAUUUCUUGCAAUUGGAACUCUUGGUUCAAUCUCAGUUACUGAAGAUUCUAUGACACCAAAAGUUGCAUUGCAAAUUGAAUCGGAAGCAGCAAAAAAUGAAUUGCAGUCUCUAAACAAAUUAGAGAAGCUGAAUGAAAAAGAAGUAAAUAGCGUAACUAAUGAAUCGCGCAACGAGAAAGUCGUUACUUUAGAUGAGAAGGAAAUCAAUGGCAUGGACACCAAAGAUAACAAAAGUAUGGUGAUAUGUCCAGUUAAAGAGUUUUCAGAAAUGCCACCAACGAAAGAAGGAGCAAGAAAACAAAAACCUAAGCCAACCAACCUUUUCAAGAAAUCAGAAGCCCAUGCCAUGCAUUUUAUGAAAAAAAUGCUAAAAAAGCUUGAUAUCAAAUCACAGCGUAGCCCAACUUCUGCUAAUAUUUAUGAUCCUACUGAGAAGAAACCAACUAGGGUGUUUCGAAAAUCAAGAAAAAUCCACCCCGAAGCAGCUAAUCGUUAUGUCAGUAAGUCUUACAACUCUGAGAUGAUGAAGCGCACGUCUUAUGAUGAAGACAAUGAUAAACAACUGAAAGUAAAGGAUGAAGGCACAAAGCGUCCUCAUGAUGGAAUGUUAAAGAAAGAAACAGUUACUUGCUACCCAACUGGAGAAAAAGCGCAUUGGAUUAAAACUGAUGCAGAAUAUUUCGUGCUGGAGUUUUAAAAAAUCGAGAAGAUUAAUGUCGACGUUAAUUCGUGAUCAAGUUGUGUUACCCUUGGGAAAAGGGGUUUGGUUAUGUGAUAUCUUGGUAUCAAGGAGUGAAAAGCUUGUUGUAGACUUAUAUAAAUUAAGUCACAACGUAAGAAUAAAGAUAAGUACAAAAUAAUUAAACAAGAAUUAGCAGACAUGAGUGAACGGUAUAUGAUACAUAUACCGUAUAUGUAUGAUAUAUAUUCCAUUAGUGCAUGUAAGACCGCACCUAAUAUAUAUGAUGUAUUUUUCAUAAUUAUUAAAUAUUGAAGUUUGUG